AUGGUUGAUAAAAGAUGUUCGAAAAACUUUCCGAAGAAAUUCACACCACAUACAACUAUUGAUUCAAAUGGUUUUCCUGUAUACAGAAGAAGAGAUUCAGGUCAUACAGUUAUAAAAUCUGGUGUUAGAUUAGACAACAGAAAUGUUGUUCCUUCUAACAAAAGGCUUUUGAAAAGAUAUCAAGCACACAUUAAUGUUGAAUGGUGUAAUCAAGCCGGUUCAGUGAAAUAUUUGUUCAAGUACAUCAACAAAGGUCCUGAUAUGGCUACUGCAGUAGUUUCUGGUGAUACAAGUUCAACCAUCAAAGAAAAGCCAAAAGAUGAGAUCAAGGAGUAUUAUGAUUGUAGAUAUAUUUCAGCUUGUGAGGCAUCCUGGAGAAUAUUCUCUAAUGAGGUUCACUAUAGGUAUCCUGCUGUUAUGAGUCUUCCCUUUCAUUUGCCCGGCCAACAGAAUGUUGUGUAUGGUGCUGAUGACGAUAUUGAUAAUGUUUUAAGCAAGCCUUCUGUUGCUUCUUCAAUAUUUAUGCAAUGGAUGAAGUUGAAUGAGACAAAUGAAGAUGCUAGAAAGCUGACUUAUGUUGAGUUUCCUUCCAAAUUUGUUUGGAUACUUAAAGAUAGAUGUUGGCAGGUACGUAAGUUGUACCAGUGUGUUGGUCGGAUUCAUUCUGUAUCUCCUGCUUUGGGCGAACCUUAUUUUUUGAGGAUACUACUGAAUAAAGUUAAAGGACCUAGAUCAUUUGAGGAGAUACGUAUAGUUAACGGUCAAUUGUUCCCGACUUUUCGAGAUGCUUGCUAUGCGAUGGGACUUUUAGAUGAUGACAAUGAAUACGUUGAGGCCAUUAAAGAAGCAAGUUUUGAAGGACAUGUUGGGUAUCUUCGAGCGUUAUUUGCUACCCUGCUUUUGUCAAAUACUCUAUGUCGGCCAGAAUUUGUUUGGGAGAAUACGUGGAAAUACUUAGCUGAUGAUAUUGUUUACAGACGUCAAAAAGAAACAAAUAUUUCAGGUUUAGUGCUUCCUGAACAUCAGAUUAAGAACCUUACUUUGUUGAAAAUUGAAAACUAUUUAAUUUCCAAUGGUUCAUCAUUACGAAUGUUUGCCACUAUGCCGUACCCUGAUGAUGAUUCCUUACGUGAUGCUUCUAAUCGUCUGAUCAAUGAAGAGCUGUCACAUGACCUAGAUGAAGUACAAGCUGAGUUUAACAGGUUGGAUCAAUCUCUUACAGAUGAACAACGAGCGGUUUUUGAUGAAAUAAUGGAAGCAGUUGUAGGGCGUAAAGGAGGCCUUUUUUUUGUCUAUGGUUAUGGUGGAACUGGAAAAACCUUUUUAUGGAAGACUUUGGCUUCAGCUGUUCGAUGCAGAAAUGGAAUAGUUUUAAAUGUGGCUUCAAGUGGUAUUGCGUCGUUAUUACUUUCCCGUGGAAGGACAACUCAUUCUCGGUUCCAUAUUCCCAUUAAUCUAACAGAAGAUUCAAUGUGCAAUAUUAAGCCAAAUAGUGAUAUUGCGAGAUUAUUAAAGGAAACCCAAUUAAUAAUAUGGGAUGAAGCACCGAUGGUACACAAACAUGCGUUUGAAGCUUUAGAUAGGACCAUGACCGACGUAUUUUCGGAAGGUAGGAGUAUUCGUUUGGAUAUUCCUUUUGGUGGUAAAGUUAUUGUAUUUGGUGGUGACUUUAGACAAAUACUACCUGUUAUUCCUAAUGGUACUAGACAAGAAAUUGUUAGUGCGUCUUUAAGCUCUUCAUACAUAUGGGCAAAAUGCAGACUCUUACGGCUGACUAAAAACAUGCGUCUAACUAUUGGAGUUGAAAGUUCGAAUAUGAAGUCUAUCAGAGAAUUUGCAAAAUGGCUUAUUGAUAUUGGUGAAGGAAACGUUGGAGAUGAUAAUGAUGGUGACGCCAUUAUAGAGAUACCAGAUGAUUUACUGAUAACCGAUAUUUGUGACCCAAUACAAAGUUUAAUUGACUUUGUAUAUCCUUCAAUUAUUCAACAAUUUAGGAUUGCUGGAUUUUUUUCUGAGCGAGCAAUUCUAGCACCCAAAAUGAGAUUAGUUCUUAAAGUUGGUGUUCCUGUGAUGCUUCUUCGAAACAUUGAUCAACAGAAAGGGUUAUGUAACGGUACAAGGCUUGAAAUUACUUUUCUUGGUAAACGAGUUAUAGAAGCUGAAAAUAGUUUUAACUCAUACUCUGUUUCUAUGAUUAAUUUCACUAUAUACUUUGUUAAUACAAAAAGUUUUAUGAUGUAUACUACAUUUGUUAAGUUUCUUCAUAACCCAGAAUCUUUGAAACUGGAUGUACCUAUAUUCUUUGCUAAUCAAAAUUGGGGAGAUUGUUGGCAAAAAAGUAGGUUGCAAAUAUUUCAUGAGUCUGGUAAAAAAUGGGUUGUUAGGGUCAGAACAGAAAAUUCAACGCCGAUAAUAACUGACGGUUGUGACAUUGUUGUUAAAGAUCUCAAUUUGCCGAGGGAUACUUUGUUGGUUUUCAAACCAUUAGGUGAUUUUGGACUUGAACUUUCCUGUUAUGUUAAUGGCAUGUGUGGGGAAUCUUAUUUCACCUUUAAUCGUUAUGCAAGAUUUGGUUUUACGGUAAUUGAAGACUGCUUCAUUGAACAUUUUACAGGAUGGCCGGAAAUGUGCAAUGAUAUUGGGAUACUUGAGGAUGAUUUGCUUGUGUUUAGCAGGAUUGAUGAUUUUGUUUUUGAAGUAGUAGUUUAUAGAGAUGAGAUUGAGAUUUGCUUUCUACAGAAACCUGAAUCUGAUGAUGAUAGUGUAGUUGAGAUAUCGAAGGCUGAUUAUGUUGAUAAUGCAUUCAAGGACAUCUAUGAGGAUAAAGAAGUUGUUUCUGUAGGUGAAGGUACAACCGUUACUCAGGUUAAGAAGAAAGGUAAAGUUACUUCUAAGAGAAAGGAGGUCGUCAAGAAUAGGACUAAGGGAAAUGUUGCCUUACCUGGACACAAGUGA